AUGAAGCCAUUAUUGUCUUAUGUUCUCUUGCUUCUCUUCAUCAUCACUACACAGUUAUUAAUCUCUUCUACCACCACCACCGGGACUGCAGCGGCCACUGAAGACAUAGUAAAAGACUCUGAAGGGAAAGAGGUAUUGGAUAAUGUUCCCUACCACAUUGGUCCAGUCAUCACCGGAACCGGAACCAGAGGCCGGAUCAAGUUAACUGACACCAUGUACAAUAAGAAAGUUUGUCCACUAGACGUGGUGCAGGACCCAUCUGAGGAUAACUUAGGGGGCCAGUUCAUGUUCACUCUCAUUGGUAAGGAAAAGUAUCUCCUCACCUCACGCAUUCUUGGUAUUGAUUCUGGCUCCCCGAAGGGUGAAUGUGAGGAGUCUACAUUUUGGACGAUCCCAGAUGUGGAAGAACCACCACCGUCUAACUUGAUUACAACUGGUGGCGGUUUCGAUCAAUCUUUUACAUGUUUCCAGGUUGUGGAGUAUCCUAAACCAACAAGUCCAGAGGUGCCUAGCUACAUGCUUCAACACUGCCCCUCAUUUUGUGGUGCAGGCCCUCAAACUUGCUUUAACAUAAGCAUUUACACAGAUAAUGGAGUCAGACGGCUUUCUUCCAUCACUGGUGGUUAUCCUUUUGAGUUUGCGUUUUAUAAGGUCAAAAGAACCCAUGAUACUUUGUGA